CUAGGCCUGUUGUGAGCUAGAAGUUCUUUUAUUGUAAUUUCUCUGCGUAUUUGUGGAAAUGGAGAAGAAACUGGUUUAUCUUUGGUCCGUGAUAGUGCUGCUGUCGGUGGUACUGAGCUCUGCUCUAACCCUGGAUAUACCAGUAUACUUCAAGGUUGGCGGCAGCCUGGAACUGAGGCCUCAGCCGGAGCACACCGCCAUAACCGGCAUCGUGUGGAGACACAACGGUGAUCUGGUGGCUGAGUGGGUGGAUAAGGACUCUCCGUUGACGUACUGGGGGGUGUUUAAAGGCCGUACAACUCUGAACACAACCACUGGACGUUUGGAAAUUCGAAAAAUGAGUAAAGAUGACGCAGGGUUGUUUACAGUGGAGAUUAACAAGGUUCAGAACGAGAGUUAUGCAGCCAGAGUGGUCAAGGAGGUGUCCAAGCCGACGGUGUUGGUAGCAUGUAGCCCUGCCUUGGAGAGCUGUGUACUGUCCUGUGAUGGAGACACCACAGAGACUGGACCCGUCAUCUACUACUGGAAGUUUGAACACGGAGAGUGGAAGCAGAGGGAGAAGGACAUUACCAUCAAUAAGAUCGAGGAGAUACAAAAUAAUAAAACGGUCUCCUGCAGGAUGAAGAACCCGGUUGGUGAGAAAGAAAGUGACCCCGUGGAGAACCCUUUGUUCAAAAAGCCAUCCGACCACUCAGUAGGGUUGGGUGUGGGACUUGGACUUGGCUUCUUCGCCUUAAUAAUCUUGGCUGGACUUGGCUAUUGGCAGCGAGAAUCCAUCAAGGACCUGGUCUGUCCACAUAACAACGGUAACAACGGUGUUGCAUCUACGUCACACGAGAUGGAAGAUGGAAACUCACACGAGACUAAAGGACUCAAGGAGAAGUCAGACAAAGAUGGUAAAGUAACACAGUAGUGGAGCUGUUGGUGCAUGGAAAUGGAUCAGAUCAGGACUCUACUUCCAUCGUGCUCAGAUGGCUGUUGCUCCGUACACAUUCAGAAAACGUGACCUUUCCAUGUGUUCCUGUGUGUUGACUGUUACUUGCAUAGAAAGAAUAUUCAACCUUCAUAAACAUGGGGUGAAGAGCAACUGCCCCAUUUCAGUUCAUAGUAUUACAGUGGUGGAAGAAGUACUCUGAUGUUUUACACAGGUAUCAUGAUCACACCUGUAAUCUGGUACAAGUCCUACAUUUAAAGCUUUACUGAUAUUACAAAAGUAUCUGUGUCAAGGUACAUUUACAGUACCAAAGGUCAACGGGUUCAGACUAAUGUAAAUAGAUGGUGGGACUAGUUUUAACCGUGUGAAUUCACCCCAACGAAGCCUUAUUAAAAUAAUAAUAUCACAAUUUUAUUUGUUAUGAAUCUGAAGUAGCACAUUAUCUGAUAACUAGCAAAGCAAAAACUACAAUAUUUGCCUCAAUUCUUGUGGAGUACAAAUAGCAUCACAUUUGUACUGAAGUACUGUACUAGACAA